UCGCAUUCUUGCUGUGAACAACAACAACAACACGCUUAUAAUUUCAUAUUUAUUUAUUUAUUUUUAACCAAAAUUACCAUUAAAGCAUUAAAUUGCCUUACAAUAAAAAGAAGAUGGCAACAGAAAACAGCAAAACCAAACUUUCUGGGAAUGUUUUGCAGAUGAAAUUUAUGAAAAGAAGUGCCCUUAGAAUUGAAAGAGAAAAAAGUGAGGAAGAACGAAAGCAAGUUAUAGAUGAUGAACAUUGGGUGCUAGAUCUCCCUGUAGUUGAAAUGAAAGAGAGCAACUUCAUCAUUGAACCUAGUUAUGUGGCUUGUGAAAACCUUGUGUAUGGAAGAAUGUCAUUCAAGGGCUUUAACCCUGAAGUGGAGAAGUUGAUGAAGCUGCACAGUGAUCAGUCAAAGUUGGAAGAAGCAGAAAGAAAGGAAAAGGAAAUCAGUGUCAAUGAUGUUGAAAUGGCAGAAAGGUACAGUACACUUGUGGGAACAGUUGGGAAGAAAUUUUCCAAAAAACGUCAACGCAAUCAAGAUAAGUUGCCAAUGGAUUCACCAGAUAUACAGCCCAGGACUCAUAAGACCACUAAAAAACAAUUUAUGAAACCUGAAGAUAAUUGAUAUGAAAUUGUGAAUAAGAAGACAACUCACAGAAUGUAACCUUUGUUUGAAAAUGCCAAGGGUAUAAACGUAUCAUUUGUUCAGAUGAUUGCAAAAGAUUCAGAACAGAUGGAGGAUUAUAUACUGGUCAUUCUUGUGCAACAACAAUACUAAGGUUUGAACCGACAACAAAAAAUAUCAGGGCCAUUCCGACUACUAAAAAAACAACUUUUUUUCGUUGUCAGAAGGGCCAUGAUAUUUUAUAGCAUGAACUAUUAUAUUUUAUAGUGUAAAUUAUGACCAAUAGCACUUCAAAAUGAUCAAAAAUAUUUGGUGAAUAUUUGAAACCUUGAACGGGAUAUGGUCCACAUAAAGUCAUUUGUGUGAUUUGUUAUCCCUUGUGGUGGGAUACUGGGAUAUAGAAUUGGCGUUGUACAUAAGUCUGUUUGUCUGUUCGUCUGUCAGUCACAAAAUUUAUUUUGGACGGGGAAUUCAAUUGAACGAAUUUGCUUCUUCAUAAAUUAAAAACUGAUAUAAUGGAAUUUAAAUCUAAGUGAAAAUUUGUCCAUCGAUUUCCAUUCUUAUGAUCAAUCCACUUUGUGUGUAUUUAUGAAUCAUAAAGCCAUAAUUGUUAAUCUAAUGAAAUGAAUGAGUAACACUAAUUAUACCCCCAUUACCAUUGGUAAUGGGGGCCAUAUAGGAGUCACUUUGUCGGUCUGUCUGUCUGUCCCGUAAUUUCUUCCGAUCUUCAACAAACUUGGUCACAAGUUGUGUCUAGAUGAUGUAUAGGUCAAGUUUAAAUAUGGGUCAUGCCAUGUCAAAAACUAGGUCACACGGUCACUUAGUGUGUUUUAAACCGAAAGUUUGUCCGGACCAUAACUAUGUCAUUUAUCGUUAGAUUUUAAAAUAACUUGGUACAUUUGUUCACCAUCAUGGGACGGUGUGUCGUGUGAAAAAAGUACGUCAAUAUCUCAAAGGUCAAGGUCAUACUUGGAGUUCAACGGUCAAAUGCAUGUCCGGGCCAUAACUUUAUCAUUUAUUGUGAAAUUUAAAAAUCAUUUGGCAAAUUUGUUCACCAUCAUUGGACGGGGUGUCGCGCAAAGAAUUUCGUCCAUAUCUCCAAGGUCAAGGUCACACUUAUAGUUCAAAGAAAGGUCAAAUGCAUGUCCGGGCCAUAACUUUAUCAUUUAUUGUGAGAUUUUAAAUUCAUUUGGAAAAUGUGUUCACCAUCAUUGGACAGUUUGUCACGCGAAAGAAUUACGUCAAUAUAUCCAAGGUCUAGGUCAAACUUUGAGUUCAAAGAUCAAAAAUGGCCAUAAAUGAGCUUGUCUGGGCAUUAACUAUGUCAUUCAUUGUGAGAUUUAAAAAUCAUUUGGCACAUUUGCUCACCAUUAUUGGAUGGUUCGUUGCUCAAAAGAAUAACGUCGAUAUCUCCAAGGUCAAGGUCACGCUGCGAGUUCAAAGGUCAAAAAUGGCCAUAAAUGAUCUUGUGCGGGCCAUAACUUUGUCAAAAAUGGCCAUAAAUGAGCUUGUCUGGGCAAUAACUAUGUCAUUCAUUGUGAGAUUUAAAAAUCAUUUGGCACAUUUGCUCACCAUUAUUGGAUGGUAUGUCGCGUGAAAGAAUUACGUCGAUAUCUCUAAGGUCAAGGUCACACAUUGAGUUCAAAGGUCGAAAUGGCCAUAAAUGAGCUUGUUCGGGCCAUAUCGAUGUCAUUCAUUGUGAGAUUUUAAAAUCAUUUGGCACAUUUGUUCACCAUCAUGGGGCGGUGUGUGGCACGAAAGAAUUACGUCAAUAAUUCCAAGGUCAAGGUCACCACGACUAAAAAUAUAUUUAUUUUGAUACAAAUGGGGUUAAUUAUAAACAGUUAUCAGAUAAAGGGAGACAACUAAAACUGAACUGAUUAAAUCAGUUCAGUUUUAGUUGUCUCCCUUUAUCUGACUUUUUUUCACAUUGAAAACCUUGUUUUGUGACUAUUUUGUCCCUUGUUUCAUCUUGAACUCGGGUGAGCGUUUUAGUGCCAUAAUGGUCCACAUGUUUUUGAAAUACCAGGGCAACUAUUAGACAAUUGUUAAACCUAGAACUGAGGUGAGCACUUUAGUGCCAUUAUGGCCCACAUGUUUUUGAAAUACCAGAACAACUUUUAAACAUUUGUUGAAACUUGAACUCAAGUGAGUGCUGCUUGUUACAUACUAAUAAUGUACAAUCUAUAUAUAAUUACUAUUUAUUAAAUAGCUUUUAUAAUUAAUUAUUACUUUACAAGUUAAUUUGAAUAGCAUUAUAUUUAUACUUAGCAUAUACAAAUAUUUUUAGCAUAUGGCUUUGUUUCGAUUUAACUUGUCAGUUGAUCACAAUUCUUAUUGCAUUGGCUUAAUGAAUUCCAUGCCAUAUUGAUUAUCAUUAUAUAAGUUUGUGUUGAUUUCUUAAAAUGAUUUGCAUUUUGACUUAUAAACGACACAAAAUGUUAAGAAUUUCCUGUUAUUGAUAUGCUUGUUUAAUGAAAAUAAAGUGCAAUAACUGUC